CUGACUGCUGCUGGUUCAGAUCAGUCUUGUCGAAGCCGUCCAAGGAAACGGAUUAAAAAAACACCGGUGAAUUGUUUCAAAGUGAAGUGAAAAUCCAUCCAAAGAUGAAAGCAUUUUUUGUGUGUUUGCUGUUGGCCCUAGCCGGACAAUCGCUGGCCCAAAGCCAGGAUGAGUUUGUCGAAUAUCUACUGGAACUCCAAGAACAGGCCGAAGCCGUGCACCAAAUUAUGGAGGGUACUUUCGACAAUAUGCGUUUCACCAUGAGCGACCAGCUGAUCGAGUUGAACCGAGAGUUGAUUUCUCGUUUGAAUGAUGCCUUGGUUCAGGUCGAAGAAAUCAGGGACGACACUGAAAAGCUGGUAGAUGAUUCGGACGCCGACCAGAGCUGCAUCGACGUGGCCGUGGCAAACUGGGAAAUCGAGAUCGAAUGGGUCGGUCAGGCUCUGCAGCGUUGCGCAUCUCAGGCCAAUCUGGCCAUCACCCGGGCAACUGCCGACGUUCAUGGUGCCAUCGAGGAUGCCCAGGCUCAGUCGACCGAACUGCAGAACAUCGUCGUGCACGGUUUCAUUGACUGGAAUGCGAUCGACUACACCGAAUCGAUCUCCGUUAUCGUAGGUGCCCGCAUCGAACAGAGACACCAGUAUUUCGUUAACGUUACCGAACCCCGACUGGAGCGUCGUCUGCAGGAAAUUUUCGAUCUAACCACCGAAACGCUGCCCGUCAUUUCGACCUGCAUCGACCGUGGAGUAGAACGUUUCAGCAACUAUGCUCGCGUCAUCCGUGAUACGCUGUUCUUCUGUCAGUAGAUGCAGAGCGUUGUGGUCCUGCUCGUCCUGGGAAGUCUUCAACUCUCUCAUUUGCUAUGUAAUUCUACCGAUUUGCUAAAAAUAAAGGGUACGCCAUUUUAGUUUAUCAAUAGAAA